AUGUUAUAUGACGUUCAAUGUCAGAAUAAAUCAAAUAUAAAACAGUUAUAUAGUGAUGUGUUUUCAAAUUACCAAAAAUCAAUUGUACCAAAUUCUGAUUUUUCUUCACCUCUAAAUAUUACUGUGAGUUUAUUUUUGAUCACCAUAACUCGUUUUCAAGAGGUUGACCAGACGCUUGAUCUGGCAGCUGGAAUAAGUGCGAGUUGGAUAGAUGAGGACUUAUCGUGGAAUUCGUCAUCAUAUGGUAAUGCAGAAAACAUAGUGGUACCUUUGACCGAUGUUUGGACCCCAAAGUUUUUACUUGCAAACUCAGUUACAACUUAUGAACCGUUAGGUGGAAACAACGCUAAUUUUGCGACACUCAAAAGCACUGGUGAGGUGGCUAUAUUUGUUGGCGACGUAUUGUCAUCUAAGUGUACAACAAAUAUAUAUAAGUUUCCGUUUGAUUCUCAGACGUGUUAUCUGAUAUUCUUUGUGUCGAGUAUGACAUCGGAAACAGUUACAUUGAAUCCAGCUUUUAAUCCUGUUGAACUAUCCUUUUUCACACCAAAUUCGGACUGGUCAUUACAAUCAUAUAAAGGUGAAACGUCAAUUUGGAAUGGGUAUUCUAUAUUUACCUUCACACUAACAAUACAACGUUCGCCUUUAUAUUACACAGUAUUAGUGUGUCUUCCUACUAUAUUGUUUGGAUUACUCAAUCCAAUGGUGUUUCUACUUCCGGUAGAAUCUGGAGAACGAAUAGGACUUUCAAUAACUAUAUUACUGUCUUAUGCAAUAUUUUUGUCCAUGGUACAAACGGCUAUACCAGCAACGUCCAAUCCAAUGAGUCUUCUCUUAAUCAUAAUGAUUGUUACUAUAUCCUUAAGUGGAAUCAUUCUGGCUUUAACAAUUUACAUAUCUUUGCUUUAUCAUAGAGAUCUAAAGACUAAAAUGAAUUUUUUCUGGAGGUAUAUUGGGACACGAAAAAAUACAUUAAAAGGCGUGCAGCCAUUUACAAACGAUUGUGAAGGAGAGAAUAUGAAAUCGUGGACAGAGACAAGUCCAUCUUGGAAGGAUGUUUGCGAGGGAUUAGACAAUAUCGUGAUGGUUAUAUCUUACUGUAUCUUAUUCAUUAUCAACUUUGCAUACUUUAUAGCUGUAUUGAGUUGA